GCACCCAAUGACUGGACGAAGCAUGAGGAAGCCGCCUCAUGGGUGAAUGUUUGUGUGCAUCUGGGAAGUAGUUCGGUGACAGCUGGUUAUUCCGUGUCAGGGAGCUCGUGAGACGCUGGAAAACUGAAUAUGGCAUCAGAAGCUGAGCAGGAGACGCAAUUCUGUGGGAAUUGUAAACGUGACAUUCCUCUGUCUAAUUUCACUAUCCAUGAGAUCCACUGCAAGCGGAACAUCAGUGUGUGUGAUGUGUGCAAAGAGCCUGUCCCAACUGCAGACAUGGAGGAGCAUCUGGUCACCGAGCAUGCACCGGUGACCUGUAAGUGUAAAAUGACAAUGGAGAAGAGUGUUCUGGAAGAACAUGAGCUUUCCGCUUGCCCUCUGCGUUUAGUUAAAUGCCAAUUCUGUGAGCUGGAACUUGCAUUCACUAAACUGGCAGAGCAUGAGGACUACUGUGGAGCCAGGACUGAGCCCUGUGAGAAGUGUGGACGCAGUGUGAUGAAAAAGGACUUGAACCAUCACCCUGAUGUGUGUGGCAAAGAGAGUCUACCAAAGAAGCCUUUGUUAAACAGCGGAGCAUGGUUUGAUGCUAUAGAGAAUGAUAAUUUGCAUGCCAUAGUACCAAGUCGAUUUUACAGAAAUCCAAUGUCAACACCAUCACUGCAAAAUGUUCCUAGAGGAGCAGGACAGAACAAAGCUGUAAACCUAACAAACCUGACAAGAAAUAACCCACCAAAGGGACAGGAGCAGUUGUCUAAUCAGAGAGAUGUUCGUUCCUCUACCAUAAAUCAAACACACUCUGGAUUGAGCUCUUUUCAUUCUCCGAAAUAUCAGAAUCCGAUUGGUUCCAGUGUAGACCUUGAUACUGAUCUUUCAGCCGAUGUCAAUUCGUGGAGAGCAUUUGAUUCCAAAGACAAAGUUGCUAAGUACUGUGACUGGCAGAAGGAUUUCAACCUCUUCUCUGGUGAUGAUAAAACUGUGGAAGCUGAUUCGCCAAGCAGUCAGACAGAUACUGAAAUUCGCCUUCCAUGUGAAUUCUGUGAAAAGCUUUUUCCUGUAGAGGACCUUAUACUGCAUCAGUCUGGAUGCAAUCCUCGUGUCUUUGCUUCUUUCUGUGAUCGAAUACCUGCUCCGACCCACUUGUUGGAUUUUGAACGUGACCAGUAUGUACGUCCUGUAUCCCCACCAUCUUCUGUGCCCAUAUCCAACAACAUUCUCAUCCCUUGUGAAUUCUGUGGUGUACAAAUGGAGGAGGAGGAUCUUGUACUUCACGAGUCUGGCUGCAAUCCUGCUGCCUUUUCUCCUUUCUUUGAUCAAAGUUCUUCUUCUACCCGCUUUUUGGAUUUGGAGCGAAGGCCUCUUUCUAAUAGGGUAGAACAGCCACAUGACCGAAAUAUACGUCCUGUAUCCCCACCAUAUUCUGUGCCCAUAUCCAACAACAUUCUCAUCCCUUGUGAAUUCUGUGGUGUACAAAUGGAGGAGGAGGAUCUUGUACUUCACGAGUCUGGCUGCAAUCCUGCUGCCUUUUCUCCUUUCUUUGAUCAAAGGUCUUCUUCUACCCGAUUUUUGGAUUUGGAGCGAAGGCCUCUUUCUAAUAGGGUACAACAGCCACAUGACCGAAACAUACGUCCUGUAUCCCCACCAUUUUCUGUGCCCGUUUCCAACAACAUUCUCAUCCCUUGUGAAUUCUGUGGUUUACAAAUGGAGGAGGAGGAUUUUGUGCUUCACGAGUCUGGCUGCAAUCCUGCUGCCUUUUCUCCUUUCUUUGAUCAAAGUUCUCCUUCUACCCGAUUUUUGGGUUUGGAGCGAAAGCCUUAUAGGAUAGAACAGCCACGUGACCGAAACAUACGUCCUGUAUCUCCACCACCUUCUCUGCACAAAUCCAACAACAUUCUGAUCCCCUGUGAAUUCUGUGGUGUACAAAUGGAGGCUAAUGUUCUCUUUCAUCACCAGGAUCAAUGUGACAUGUGCCCGAAUUUUGAAGCUGCACCUACACACUUAACUCCUGUGAUUCCAAGUCCAAGGGAAUGUAAUUAUCUGCAAGAUCGGUUAAUGGCAUCUCAGUCAGAUGACCUUUUUCACCAAGGACACACAGCUCCAAGUCACACCAAAAGAACUGGUAGGCCAUCACACUCUGUACCUGAGCAUUUCCUAGAGGGGUUUCCAACUGAACAGUCUUUCUUACCCAGAGUACCAAGAACAGGCUUUGAUACACAACACGUAAAUGUAGAUGAAAGAAAAAGAAACCUUGGGGAGAAUUCACAACAAAGAAAUCGUUUCGAUUCGCGUUACAGGAGCCCAUUGCAUGAUCCGUUGCAUUCCAGGAAUGCAUCUCAAUUUACAGCAACCUCAAGCAACACUGACCCCUCUAGAAAUAAAGCCAAGGAGAAGAAGCUGCCUGGAGAUGUUUCUGAAGAAGAAUGACCAAAGCAGAUUGGUUACUGUCCUUCAUAUGCAGAACUUGCCCGUUAUCCAGAAUGCUCAGGACCUGGAGUUUUCCGCAUAGUGGAUCUUUCCAUAAUUUAGAUCUUUAUACCUUAAGACUACUAGAAAAUCAUGU